AUGGAACCAACGUGCGUUGAUACUUCUCUUAACCUCAACCUUGUCCCUUCUCAAGAAACAGACGUUGCUAUGGUUGCUAAGGUUUUGGUUGAAGAGUUGGAGCGUUUAAGUAAUGAAAAUAAGAAGUUAACUGAGAGGUUAAACCUCAUGUGCGACAAUUAUAUUGCUUUGCAAAAGCAUUUAAACGAGUUCAAGAGUCAAGAAUCAGUGACCACGCCAUCGAGGAAGAGAAAGAUUGAGUGCACGGAAAGUUGCACCACUACUAAGGAAGAAACAUUCAUAGAUAACGCUUCUCCGAAAAUUUCUAAGGUUCUUGUACGCACAGAUGCAUCCAACACCAGCUUAUAUGUGAGAGAUGGAUAUCAGUGGAGAAAAUAUGGCCAGAAAGUUACUAGAGAUAAUCCAUCUCCUAGGGCUUACUUCAAGUGCUCUUUUGCUCCUUGCUGUCCUGUGAAGAAGAAGGUGCAGAGAAGUGUAGAGGACCCAACAGUAUUAGUGACAACAUACGAAGGAAAGCACAACCAUGCACAUCACCAAGGACAAACAUCAUCGUCAAACCAAAGUGAAACCUCUACGCAUGAUUUUGUUCCUUCUUCACUAGCUUAUGACUUGGUCAUGCCGAGAAAAUCAGGAGUUGACUAUGGUGGUCAAAGGUCGUCUAUACACCAGUUGUUAGUUCAGCAACUGACAACUUCUUUGACAAGAGAUCAUAAUUUUAGGACAGCACUUGCCACGGCAAUUUCUGGAACUAGUUUGGAUGUGCAAAAACGUUGA